GGAGAGAUGAGAAGACGAUGCGAUACGAUGCCAGGCCUUUUGUUGAAUCUUCUCCUAGUCGUCCCACUAUUUAACUUGGCCAGCGCUGGUGGAGGGCACGGAGGACACAAACACGUGGUGAUCCACGUGCCAUACAAAGUAAAGACCAUCCACCACACGCACACAAUCACGAAGCAUAUACAUCAUGGCGGUGGCGACAAGUACGAGGUACUCGGAUACACCGUGGGUCAUCCAAUUGAUCUUCAUGGUGGAGGUCAUGGAGGAGGAGGAGGAGGUGGUUUCGGAGGUCACGACUUCGGCGGUGGCGGAGGCGGCGGGGGACACGACUUCGGUGGCGGCGACGGCGGCGGUGGGGGGCACGAUUUCGGAGGUGGCCAUCUAGAUUUCGGCGGCGGUGGCGGCGGUGGCGGCGGUGGUUACGAUUUCGGAGGUGGAGGUGGAUUCGGAGGCGGUGGUCACGAAGAAUGGUCGAGUCAUUAG